ACACGUUCUAAAGCCACAGCCGUCUUCGGGCAAAAAGGAUGCGUGUCCCGGUUUGACCACUUCAUCACGUGGAACUCGGAGCGCGCAUUUGGAGCAAUCUGGUUGACGACACUGCAAUGGCGUCCUCUGCGUCCACUUCGACGGCGUCCAUCGAGCCUGCUGCACACACCAACUCGACUGCCGGCAGCAAGGCCAAGUCUUCCGCGGCCGCUUUGCAGGCUCCAAUCGCUGAGAAAGUGGUGCCUGUGAAAACGGAUUUUGGUUUCAAGGUGACGCACCGUGGAUUUGGGUUCACGUGGUCCCGUGGUGGCCUAGUGACCCAUUGGGAAUGCGAUCUUCGCUAUUGCGGUGCAACCAUAAAAACACAAUCCAUCGAAUGCGAACACUACGUUCUCUCCGAUCACAAGAGCAAGCCGCACAACAAAGAGGUGCACAUGCGCGAUACUCCUCGUCCUCCUGGAGGUCGAAAGCGCAAGGCGGACUCCUGCGCGCACAAGCCCACGGCCACCGUCAACGGCGACGCACAGUUCCCGGUGGAGAAGUCCACGGGCCAACGCCUGCCCGUAGGGGGCGCUUCCAUGUUCAGGCCUAGCGCGAGGCCGCACUCGCAAGACACACCACCAGGGAAUGCUGAGGACGCAGCGCGCGACAAACGCAAGUGA